CCAGUGACAGCUUUAAAGCUGUGCGUUGCACUUUCGGCUUGAAUUAGCUUAGCUUUGCGCGGUAUUUGUGAAAGUCUGACCAUGUAGCGAGUUCAUAAUCUUCUGCUCUUGAUUCCAAGAUAGUCUUAAUCUGAUGUUUUUGUCAUUGCUAAUUGUUUUUGAUUGCUUUCAUUACUAAAUGUAAGUACAUUAUGUGCGUUUGCUUGGUCGUCGACUCACCUUUUUGUUCUCUUUUCCAGCCCUCCUCACUCACGCUACUCUACGUGCUGUUUUAGUACACAUAGUACCUUCUGGCUACACGAACCGCCACAGGCUUAGACGGAUCACAGUGCUGAUGUUUACCCUGGUAUUUAAUAAAUAUUCACACAGAUUACUGUAAAUGUCAACAGUCAUCAAUUCUUCUGUUCCAACUCCUAAUGGUGCUAAAAACAUAGUCCCAGACUCAUCGCCUGCUGCAGUAAGACUUCCGUCAGCUAGUUCCGUUCGCCAGACAGCUGACGCUACAUCGAAUCAGAAAGAUUCAGCUAAAGUACCCAUAUGUCUAAUAAAACUAGUUCGGUCGAUCGUUAGAACUUUCUAUUCAAGAGAACAUUCUCUCAUCGUUGAUAUGCUGGCUAACUAUCUGGUCCCAUUCAGUAAUCAGGCACGUAAUUUGUUGAAAACCAACUUUACUUCAACCAUUGAGUUCACUUCUUUACUAGCUGAGUGCCAGGUACGCUAUCAGGAGCAGUUCAUACUCUUAAGAGUCGUCAAUAUUUCUGCUACUGUCUCUCCGUUUGUGUCGAAAAAGUCCAGUAAUCAUUUGUACGGAAAAUUUGUCGACCUUAUGAAUCUUUCUAAGUUGAAAAACUUAUGGUAGAAUUUGUAAGGUAUGGCUUUACUGAAAUAAAUUCUAAAUUAAAGGUUCUAGUUCAGUGACGUGGCUGUUCUUUUUUCUGGAAUGCAUGUAAUGUGUCCGACCGUAGCUGUUAUCGUGGCGUAGUGUUGGGUUUGCCUAUUUUGAUGACUCAACUGGGCUAUAUUGGCUGAAACGCAUAUUUCUUUAGGUUCUACCAUGCCGGGUAGGUCGGUUGAAGAACGUUAAGACUAAAAGUAACUACUUAGGGUCCGAGGGCCAAGUCGUACUGCUGAGAGUAGAGAG